GCGGGACAGGCGCUGCCGGUUGGUGCCGUUGCACGCCAGUUACCAGCGCUGACCUGCCCUUCCCCGGCGCUGUCAAAGUUGAUCACCGGGUGGGCGCUGCGCUGCAAUGGAGCGAAACGCGGCAACAGCGGCCGCCAGGGAAGGCGGAGGAAGGGAGACAGUAACACGGCCCUGGCUGGCACAGCUGCGCGGCUGAUCUCCCCAUGCAGUGAAGGGGGAGUGAGCGGAGAGGGGGAGGGAGGGAUGCUGCUGCAGCUGCCAGUGCAGCGCUGGUAAAUCUGCUAGUCAGCCCUUCGGAGGAGCAGCCGCCGCCCGCCGGCGGCUCUUGGAGCGGGAGGAAUCGAGGCGCUUUCUGCUAGUUGCCUCCCUGCUGCAGCGGGGGCUUUAGUGGCUGUUUACCCCCCUCCGUCGGCUUUUCUCCCAGCCCCCCAGCGUAACCUCGGACCCUCCUCCUCCUCCCCUCCCCGCGAUCCUCCAAACAUGAGCAUGUCUGUUUUUACCUUAUAAAGAUGGCGGUGUGGGAUCACUGCAACCUUUAGACUAAUGACUGUCAGAAACAUCGCCUCCAUCUGUAAUAUGGUUCUGCAAGAACAGUUACAUGCAGUUGCCAGCUUCCUUCCAUGUGGUGCCCCAGCAUGCCCUUUGCAGGUGAUGUCACACCCACCAUUCAUCAGCACUGGAGAAUGGAGCCUGCCUAUAGGGGCACCAAUGCCUCUGCUCUGGAAAAAGACAUUGGUCCAGAGCAGUUUCCAAUCAAUGAACACUACUUUGGGUUGGUCAAUUUUGGGAACACCUGCUACUGUAACUCUGUGCUGCAGGCAUUGUAUUUUUGCCGGCCAUUUCGGGAGAAUGUGUUGGCAUACAAGGCCCAACAGAAAAAGAAGGAAAACCUCUUGACAUGCCUGGCAGACCUUUUCCACAGUAUUGCUACUCAGAAAAAAAAAGUUGGAGUGAUUCCACCAAAGAAGUUCAUUUCAAGGUUACGAAAGGAGAAUGAUCUCUUUGACAACUACAUGCAGCAAGAUGCACAUGAAUUUUUAAAUUACUUGCUAAACACCAUUGCAGACAUCCUGCAGGAAGAGAAGAAGCAGGAAAAGCAAAAUGGGAAACUAAAAAAUGGAAACAUGAAUGAAGCUGAAGAGAACAAUAAACAAGAACUCACCUGGGUGCAUGAGAUUUUUCAGGGAACACUGACUAACGAAACUAGAUGUUUGAACUGUGAAACCGUUAGUAGCAAAGAUGAGGAUUUUCUUGACCUUUCUGUUGAUGUGGAGCAGAACACAUCCAUUACGCACUGUCUAAGAGACUUCAGCAACACAGAAACAUUAUGUAGUGAACAGAAGUACUACUGUGAAACUUGCUGCAGUAAACAAGAGGCACAGAAAAGGAUGAGAGUAAAAAAGCUGCCAAUGAUCCUUGCAUUGCACCUCAAGAGAUUCAAGUACAUGGAGCAGUUACAUAGGUACACCAAACUCUCUUACCGUGUGGUAUUUCCUCUGGAGCUACGUCUCUUCAACACAUCCAGCGAUGCAGUCAACUUGGAUCGCAUGUAUGACUUGGUGGCUGUUGUCGUUCAUUGUGGCAGUGGACCUAAUCGUGGGCAUUAUAUUACCAUUGUGAAAAGUCACGGAUUUUGGCUUUUGUUUGAUGAUGACAUUGUAGAGAAAAUAGAUGCUCAAGCUAUUGAAGAAUUCUAUGGUCUGACCUCUGAUAUAUCAAAAAAUUCAGAAUCUGGUUAUAUUUUAUUCUAUCAGUCAAGAGAGUGACUUGGAGGAGAACUGUGAAAUGCUGCAAGUGGAGAAAACUGAUCAGCACUGUUAACUAACUUUUACACAGAGCACAUCCUGAAUAGCCGAACAAUGAUCUAUCUUAUCUUCUACUAAAUGGUUUAUGUGUUCUUGACUAUAACCCUUCAUUGCUGAUGUGCAGCACUUUUUUUUUUUAAAGUAUGACUGAAUGAAUUUCAAUCAGCUCUUAGUAAAAUUCAUAUGGACUAACAUUUACAGAUAAUAGGAUUUGGGGUCACCUGUUAAAUCCAGCUGAGCUAGAAUAGUAUUUUCUAUGGAAGUGUUCAUUAUAUUUAGAGCAAAAUGUUUAAACUUUCUAAAUAGCUUUGGGAUAUCACUUUAUGAAGCAUUCCUUUAAAUAUGUACUAAUAUGUAUGGUUAUCCAUUUUAAGUGUAGAAAAAAAUCUAUUUAAUAACCAUUGGAAUUGUGGUUGCAUAGAGGAUUUUGUCAUGUUACUCUCCACUGCUAGAAAGAUAUUCUUCUCAAAUCCUUUGAGCUUUAGGUUAUUAAAAACUUUAAAUGGGUAACUUCAA